AUGGAUAUCAACACAAGACAUGUCCCGGAGGAAACGACGCGGGCGAGGACGUUGGGAAAUGUCCGUUUAAGACAUCCAGAGACAAACGAGAUCAUAUUGAUCCCGACGCCAUCAGCAGAUCCAAACGACCCCUUAAAUUGGCCGCAAUGGUACAAGUACUACAUGGUGGGGUUGAUUUGCGUCGCCAUGAUGAUGUGCAACUUUCUGGCAGCGGGACCCUCGAUUGCGUUGCUGGAUACAGCAUUGGAGUUCUUCCCCGCGGCCGCCACUGAUACUAAUGUCCUCAAUCUCGCAAUCGCCAGGACUGCUUACUUCUUCACGACGACGGCCCUGCUCCAAGGGGUGGGCAACUUUUUCUGGGUGCCGCUCGCGAACAAGUUUGGCCGACGUUCAGUCUACAUCGCGAGCUACUCCAUCUACUUUGCAUGCACAAUAUGGCUCAUCUUUGACCGCUCUUAUGGUGGCUUCUUGUCCGGCCGGAUCCUGAUAGGAUUUGGCGCCGGAGCUGCAGAGACGAUUGCUCCCAUCUCCAUAGCGGACGUAUUCUUUUUGCACGAAAGAGGAACAAUCAUGGCGUUUGCCGCUUUGAUCGGCGUUGUGCUCCUGCUGGCAUUCUUUACCUUCCCCGAGACGGCGUACGAGAGAGACGACGCGAGCGCCGGGAACCGCCUAGAUUCGAUAGACUGGAGCAAACCUGGAUCGACGAGGUCGGAAGGCGAGCUGCCCGCUAGCCCGCUCGGAACUUCGACGAGACGCUCAAAGCAAUCAUAUCUGUCUUCGCUGAAAAUAUUCAACAAGACACUGACACAGGAGAGCUUGUUGAAGCUCGCAGUGCGGCCCUUGGGGCUGAUCCUCUUGCCGCCGGUCCUCUGGGCGGCGCUGGUGCAGGUUGUGACUGUCGGUUUCCUCGUGGCUGUGUCGUCGAAUGCCGGUCUCGCGUUCUAUGCCGCAUAUAGAUUCGACUCGUGGCAGAUUGGCCUCUGCUUCAUUGCUGGCAUCCUCGGUGCUCUGCUUGGCAUCCCUGCCGGUGGCCAUCUUGGCGACAUGGUUGCAGAUUGGUUUACCAGACGAAACGGUGGGAUGCGGGAUCCGGAGAUGCGACUUCCUGGCAUGGCCAUCAGUAUGAUCACCACGCCGUUGGCCCUCAUCCUCUACGGCGUCGGCAUCGGUAACCAGCUGCACUGGAUCUGUCCCACCAUCGGUAUUGGACUUCUAACCUUUUCCAUCUCUCAAGGAACUAACAUCUGUCUCGUGUACGUGAUUGAUGCCUACCGGCCCGUCGCGGGCGAGAUCACCCUAGCGGUCAUGGGCUUCAAGUCGCUCUUCGGCUUUCUUCUAUCGUUCUACACCAAUACUUGGGUCGAGGAGGCAGGGUACGACAACGCGUUUGGGGCCAUGGCGGGAAUCGCAUUUGCCGUCUUGGUUAUGUGGGUGCCGUUAUUCGUCUGGGGCAAGGCGAUACGACACGAGUCGUGGAAGUGGCCGAUCAUCCGGUAUAUCCAUUGGAGCGAAGACAGGGAGGUGGGGGAAUAA